AAUAAACAACACAAAUUUUAUUAAAACUCGUUAUUCCCUCCCUUAGGACAACAUUUUGUGGACGGAGAGAGUACUAAUUACACACCAAGUCAAUAAAACCACUCAUUUUUACGUAGAUUAUAACUACAUCAUAAUGUAAUAUACACUAUAAUCUAAUUUUAAAAAUUAAAAUCAAGUAUAAAUUAAGGAGUCGAUGACCUCAUUUGACAUUCUAAUUAGUUGUUACCGAGUCCACCAUGACACCAAAGUUGGAGCGGUUUAACAAACCCCUCUCUCUCUCAAUAUAUAAUGCAACAAAACGCAUGCUUUUACUCCAACACUCUUCUCCAUUAAAAUCUUCCCCAACUCAAUUCAACACACACAUCACCACCACUCUCAGCCGCCGAAGAUGGGGAACGCCGCCCCCCACCGCCUACCGGACGCCGCCGGAAGAGUCAUCCUCUCCGACGGCGGCGUCCUCACCUACGACGAGCCGCUCACGGCCGCGGAGCUCAUGCUGGAGCACCCGCAGCACGUGGUGGUGGAAUUCCAGCCGAUCGCGAGCGGCAGAAAGCCGGCGCCGCUUCCGGCGGAUCAGAAGCUCGAGAUCAGGAAAACCUACCUCAUGCUCCGCGUCAGGAAGGGCAAGCCGAUCCAGCUGUCGUCGGAGGAAGCUCGGAGAUUAAUCCUCGCAAACGCCGCGCUCAAGUCCAACGCGCUGCUGUCCUACACCGGUUUCCUGCCGCUGUUCGCGCGGAUCUGCCCCGCCGUCGGAGGGCGUAGCUGCGCCGCGCCGGAGAAGAGGAAGUGCCGCGGCGAUUCGAAUGAGAGAGAAAAGGCGGCGGCGGCGGAAGACGCGAGAUUCGAUUGCUUUGCUGAGAUUUUAGAGGGAAGGCCGGAGUUUUUAAGCAGGCAGAUGUCGGGGAAGGGGUGGAAGCCGAGUUUGGAUCCAAUUAGGGAAAAAGCGGUUAAGGCGAAGGUUCGUCAUUGGAUCAUUCUCUGAGUUUUUUGCGUUUGCGUCUCGAGUUUUAUGGACGUAAGGUGUUAUAAAAUACGAGUCAAGAGAUGUUAAUUAAAAAGAAGAUGAUGAUGCUGUGAUGUCUAAUGUUAUAUAAGGUGUUUAAUUAGAGUUAACGCAAGUUAGUUACUAUAUUUGGAAGUUUUUUUUUUUUUUUUUAAGGUAUGAAAUUAGUUGAAAUAUGGAUGUUGUUAAUUAGUGUGUGGUUGUUUGGCAUGCAUUUUGCAUGAGGAUUAUGUAUCUAUGUUGUAAUUCUUGUGCUUUUAGCAGACUUGUUCAGUAUUAAUAGAAUCCAUCUAUGUAUAUAUAUAUAAAA